AUGUCUAAACCAAAAAAGAAAGGAGAUAAAAAUGAAGAGAAUCCUAAUAAAUUAACAGAGGCAUAAGAAAAAGCUUUGAAUGCUUAAGAUAAAGGUAAAUGGGAGGAAACAAUUAUUCAGAUAAAAGAAGAUAUUGCGUCGAAGGUUUAGCUCAUAUAUGAAUUGAAUGAAACAAUAAGAAUUAAUAAUGAAGAAAACAAAAAAUUGAAUUAAAAACUAGAAUUCGAUAGGGAUGAUAAACUUUAGCAGUAGUAGUUUUUAUAAAGUUAGUAUGAAAAAGAAAAGAAUAUUUUUGAAGAGAGGCUUAUGAAAAAAGAAGAAAUUAAAAAGAUAGAUUAAGUGAAAUUUGAUGAAGAAAAACAAUAAGAACUUAGAGAAUUGAGAUAAAAAUUAGAUGAGUUAAAUACUGAAUUAACACCUCUUAGACCUUAUCAUGAGAAAGAAAAAUAUUACUAAGAUAGAAUUGAUCAACUUCGUAGAGAGGAAAGAGAUUGUGAAUUGGCUCAUCAUGAUGAACUUUAGAGAUAAGAAAAAGAAUAGUCAUAAAAAUUAAUUUAAAUGGAUAACAUUUCUUAAGCAAAAAUAGAUGAUAAUAAAAAGAGUGCUCCAAAAGCUGCAGAAAAAGAUGCUAGAGAUAAAGAAGAAUUAAAGAUUUAAAAUAAUUAAUAGCUGAGACAAUAGUUGAUUAUAAAGUAAAGAGAAGUUUAAGAAAUGAGAAGAGAAAGAGAUGCAGUAUUGAAAUAAAACAAAAAUUUUAAGCUAAACCUUCAAGUAAACAAAGAAGGUAUACUCGAAUACUAAAUUGUUAAUUAAAGAUAAGAAAAUAAGAUUAAAACUCUGAAAGAAGAAGUAGAAACAUUAAAAUAACAAAUUUCAGAUGAUGUUACUAAAUAAACAAAAAAUUUAGAAUUCAUGAAGCUUUAAGAUAAGUAAAAGAAAGAAGAAUUGUAGAAGGAAAUAGCUUUCAUAAAAAACGAGUUAAAAAUCAAAGUUGAAGAGUUAAAAAGAGUAAAAGCAAUAGCAGAAAUAAUUGUUGAUUAGCGCUCUGACAUUGAAUAAUUCUUCUUAGAAGCUUUACAAAAAGUUAAGGAAUAGAUAAGUUAAAAGUAUAAAAUUAACAAAAGAUCUUAUUCUAAUAGUAGUUCUCUAAAGUUACCUGAAUUAUCAAUAAAAUCUAAUUAAUAAGUUGACGAUACAAAACAAUAAAAUAACUCCAAAUUCUAUUAAGAUAAGGUAGAUGUAUCCGAAUUAGAUUUAGAAGAAAAAGAAAAACUUCUUAGAAUAUUAUUCAGAAAAAUGAAUAUAGGAGUCCAACCAUUGUCAUGGGAUGAAAAUCGAUGA